AUGGGAGCGGCUGGUGGUGCUAGUGUUAAUAUGUUUUUAUUAGUUAAAAAGCGCUUUUUCCAUUUUGACGAUACAUUAGAUGUAUUUACAUGUCAUGGUCUUGGAGGUGCUGUUGGAACAUUCAUGACCGGUUUGUUUUGUCAAAACCUGGUAAAUAAUUCAGUGAAUGGAGCUUUUUAUGGUUAUCCAAUACAAAUAUGGUAUCAGACACUAGGUAUUCUUGUAACAGUUGUCUAUUCGAUUACAUGUACAUUAGUGAUUCUUAUACCAAUGCAUGUUAUUAUCGGUAUUAAAAUCAAAAGACGUGAUCAAAUUAGAGGCAUAGAUAAUGUUGCACACGGAGAAAAUUGGCAGAUUGAAGUUAUUUCCACUAGCAGUAAUACUAAAACAAGGAAACCAAAACAACAAACGAACAAUCCGGUGACAAUUAGUUGA